AUGCCGGUCGACUUGGCUUCAACCUCCCCUUGCUAUACUCCUUCCUUUGAGCUGAAAGCGUAUCAUGAAGAUGAGGAUCAUCUCACCCAGGGAAAGCCAGAGCCUAGCAUUCGCUCACAGACAUUCAUAUACCAUCUCUCAGGCGAGAAAUGGUGGAUUAAGGUAACUUUUAGGGGUGAUUUUCCCUAUAGCAGAAGCAGACGAAAACGUGAGCGACGUCAAGAAUACCAAGAGUUCAUUAAAUUAAUUGACUAUCGAUCGCUUCCCUUGCUGAAGGACACCGUGACCGAGGUGCUGUUAGAUGAAGAGGCUAAAACUAAAACCACUUUACAUACGCCCGAUGUACAAACCGGAGCUGAAGAUAUGACAAUGUCACAAUUCAUCGGUCAACUAAGUCUUUCAAUCCGAGAAGACCCGUUGAGAGUCAUUUAUCCGCCUGUUUCUCAAUUCCCCUCAUUUCCUGCAAUCCGGACUUCGGAACUUGUGAUUGAGGAAGAAAUCACUGACGGUGUUUUCCGUGUCUGCCACAAGGCCGAGCUAUAA